AUGCGAAGUGGCGGUGGUUGUUCUGAGGACGACAUUGAAAAUGAACCAGACUGGGUUCUAACUCAUAACCACCGAAUUGGGUUUCGUAAUCGCGAUGACCGGCAUCCGGCUUUCACACAUAUUGGGGAUGACUGGCAUCCGGAGGAGGAGCGUGAAUUUCUGGCUCAGGCGAAGAGAGAAGCGGAUGAGCUCAACAAGAAGCUAGGGGCACACGAACUCAUCAAUAUCCGCCAAUACAUGGAAAAGCAAGAGGGCUGGCGCUAUGUACUUCACACUACGGAAGGCUUCCUAAAAUACCAGCAGGAUUGGCCUGUCAACGUGAGGCGACGUCAAUUGGAGGAAGAACAAAACAAGAAGAAUCAAGAGCAGAACGAAGGACACGAAAACGACAACCAGAAGCCACAGAAAGAAUCCGAGUGGAGACGGGGUCGGGGCGAGAAUGAGACGCACAACGAAGCACAUGCCACAGACCAACAAUCCCUUGAUGAUGACGACGAAGACAGGGGAAAAGCCCAGGAGAAAGGUCCGCAGGACAAGUAUUCGCCGCAGGAACUAUCUUUACUGCGCCUGCUACAAUCGGAGAGCAAUUACAUGAAGACAUUGAAAGAGAAUGAUGGCAAGGUUGAGUCCCCGGUUAGUUUAACCAAAAAGGAGGUCAUAUCUAUUAGCGAGGAUGAUCAAUUCACUCCCGACAAUUGGAUCCCGCGAUCUUCCCAUCUCAUCCGCCUAACGGGUAAGCAUCCGCUCAACGGCGAGCCAGAGCUACAAGACCUGUAUGAGGCUGGUCUCAUCACUCCGAAUUCACUACACUAUGUUCGCAAUCAUGGUCCUGUGCCCCAUCUACUAUGGGAAACCCACCAGAUUGAUGUAGAGGGUGGGAAGCUGAUCCUAUCGAUGGAUGAUCUCGCUAUGAACUACGAACCUAUUAACAUCGCAGUGGCAUUGGCAUGCGACGGAAACCGGAGAAAAGAGCUAAAUAUGAUAAGACGCUCGAAAGGUUUCAAUUGGGGUGCUGGAGCCAUUAGCUGCGCAUUCUGGAAAGGCCCUCUCCUACGUGAUGUCCUUCUAGCCGCUGGAAUCCAGGCCUCUGACCCACGCCACGCAAACCGACCACGUUGGGCCCAUUUUGAAGGCGCCGAUGAACUCAAAGAGGGUAGAUACGCGACAUCCAUACCAUUGGCAUAUGUGAUGGACCCUAAUAACGAUGUGAUUUUGGCAUACGAAAUGAACAAUGUGCGACUGCCACCAGACCACGGCUAUCCAGUUCGUCUGAUAGUCCCCGGCUAUAUCGGUGGUCGUUGUAUCAAAUGGCUGUGCAGGAUCUGGGUCUCUGACAAGGAGAAUGAUAGCUAUUUUCAUAUUUGGGACAACAGGGUUCUGCCUAGUUUUAUUCGGGAUAAAGACUCGGAGUUCUCGCACACCAUGUUUCAUCAUCCAAGCACGGCCUGCAACGAACAAAAUCUCAACUCAAUUAUCGUGAAGCCUGCACAUGGCGAGGCGAUUCCUUUGUCUGAUGUGAAUAAAAAUCGGACUUAUCGUAUAGCAGGCAUUGCAUACGAUGGUGGUGGUCAUGAAGUCCAGAGGGUGGAAGUUAGUCUUGACAGUGGGGUGACUUGGCUGUACUGUGUCCGCGAGUUUCCCGAAUACCCCAUCCGCCAUGGCACGAAAUUUUGGACAUGGCUCCAUUGGCACGUGGAUGUUGCAUUACCACAUCUUGUUCGAGCCGAGAGUAUCGUUGUGCGCUGCUUCAAUGUUUUCAAAAACACACAGCCGAAGGAGCCCACAUGGAAUAUUAUGGGGCAAGUCUCUGCCGCCACGGUUCGCUUAGAGAUUGACGACAAUGAAAACGACUCAGUGCUGUACUUCCGACAUCCCUGCGAGCCUGGCACCCGGGCCGGAGGCUGGAUGCAGCCCUCGACGGAGAAUCGCAUCGAGAAUAUCAAGCAUGAGGCGGCAUCACCACAAAAGCAAUUCACACGUGAGGAAAUUGAAAAGCACAAUACGGAGGAUGACUGCUGGAUUAUCAUCAAUGGGAAGGUCUACGAUGCGACUAGUGUACUUGACUGGCAUCCUGGCGGCAAGAUACCUAUCAUGGCUCAUGCGGGCAGAGCCCAUGCUGAUACUACAACUGAAUUUGAGAGUAUUCACGAUGAAUACACGGAGCAGAAGCUGAGCGAAUGCGUUCUCGGUGUUGUUACCGAAAAGACGCUUCGGCAUAUCAAGAAACAAGCCGAAGAUGUAGCGAAAGAGAAAGCCAAGACAUCAAAGCAGGACUUGGGAACCGUAUUUAACCGCCACCGAUGGAAUAUUGUUCGCUUCGGAGGAAAAGAACAGCUUUCCGAGGACACUCAUCGGUACACUUUCGUGCUACCGGAGGGUACGAAGAAGCUCGGUCUCGGCACUUGCCAACAUCUCCAACUAGGCUUCCAUUUUAGCGAUCGGCUUGUCGUCCGGCCAUACACACCCACGAGACCAGUUUUCGAAAGAGAAGAAGAUGGCACAUUCGACCUCGUCGUCAAAACAUACGCGCCGGAUCAAUUCCAGCCAGGCGGGACGAUGAGCAAUAUCCUCGACUGUCUUCGUCCCGGUGAGGAAAUUGAAGUCAAAGGUCCUUCUGGCGAAAUCAGGUACAUGGGCCAAGGCAGAUUCUUGAUCGAUGACAAAGAAUAUCAUUUCCGAAAUGUCAGUCUUGUCUUAGCAGGAUCCGGUAUCACGCCCGGAUACCAGCUUAUAUCACAUAUCCUACGUGCCAAGGAUCAGGGCAUGGAAGAGGAUAAGACUAAUAUCAAGGUUAUCGAUGCGAAUAAGACCGAAGCUGAUAUACUAUUGAGGGAUGAAUUGGAUAAAUUGGCUGAGGACCAUCCGAGUCAAUUCAAGAUUACUCAUAUUCUUUCACAUCCAAAGGAGAAUUGGAAAGGAGAGAAGGGCCAUGUGUCGAAGGAUAUCCUGCAGAAGUAUGUGUUUGGACCGGAGAAAGGCAAUCUGGCGCUGCUUUGUGGUCCUCCGACUAUGAUUCAGAAGGCUGUGCUCCCGGCGCUUCAGGAGAUUGGAUACAAGGAGGAUGAGAAUUUGUUUGGAUUUUAG